AGGCCCAACACAGAGUAGCUAUGAGAACUAUGAUGGUCAAGGGCGAGAAUAUUAGAAGUUGAAGGGCUGAAGGCGGUGCUGAGACAAAUCUGUAUGUUGCAGAAAGUGUGGUACUGGGUCAGUAAUGUUCAAGGACAACUUUAGCCGACAACAAGGCACCAACAAUGCCUCUUUCUUUGAGUGCAACACCUGUUCUGCUGUAACUCCUGUCCCUUUUUCUACUGUUGGUUCUUCUAAGAUGGCUUUAGCUAGCAAAAUGGCUGGGGAAAAUCUUUCAACUUUGAAAACUCUGAUGGUGCAUCAUCGCUUUGGAGAAUCACAGAACGCCUUGAUCUGAGUGUCAGUGGUCUGUUGUACCUACUUUCUAAACAGUAAAGAUAUCAAAAAAGCAAAUCCAAGGAAAGUGCCAGGGCAAAAUAUCUACGCAGACUGGCACGGAAAAGAUUUGACGAC